UAAUGUCAAGAUGUGUGUGGUGGGCAGGCUCUCGGUCUCUCUAUGACAUGUGACUGAAGCGAGUUGGUGUGUGUGGAAUUGCCUCUUUAUUCAGACACCUGAUAUACGAAGACUAAAAAGACAACACGUAUUAAAUACAGAGACAUAGAGCAAAAAAGAUUAACAGGGCACAGAUAUUUGUGAAACAUGGACAUAAAAGACCAAGGAGCACAAAUGGAGCCUUUACUCCCCACGGUACUUACCAAUGUUGGAAACAAGAAUGUGAGAAAUGAUGAGGAAGCAGUCAUUGACAGAGGUGGGACUCGUUCCAUUCUGAAGACUCACUUUGAAAAGGAGGAAUUGGAAGGUCAUCGGACAUUAUAUAUCGGUGUGCAUGUACCCCUUGGAGGAAAAAAAAACCACAGGAGACAUAGGCAUCGUGGACAUAAGCACAGGAAGCGAGACAAGGAAAGGGAUUCAGGUGUAGAAGAUGGAAGGGAGUCUCCAAACUAUGAUACUCCAUCUCAGCGUGUGCAGUUCAUUCUGGGAACUGAAGAUGACGAUGAAGAGCACAUUCCCCAUGACCUUUUCACUGAGCUCGAUGAGAUCUGUAUGCAUGACGGAGAAGAUGCCGAAUGGAGAGAGACAGCAAGGUGGCUGAAGUUUGAGGAGGAUGUGGAGGAUGGAGGAGAGCGUUGGAGUAAGCCGUAUGUUGCCACCCUAUCACUUCACAGUUUGUUUGAACUGAGAAGCUGCAUCCUCAACGGAACGGUUCUGCUUGACAUGAGAGCUAACUCGCUUGAAGAAAUAGCAGAUAUGAUCCUAGAUCAGCAAGAGUCCUUGGGACAGCUGGAUGAGGAGGUCCGGAAGAAGGUGCGGGAAGCUCUUUUAAAGCAACAUCACCACCAGAACCACAAGAAACUCAGCAACAGGAUCCCCAUUGUCCGAUCAUUUGCAGAUAUUGGCAAAAAACAAUCUGAGCCUCAUUCCAUGGAUAAAAAUGCACAUUCUUUCAGAUAUCUGUCAUCACCAUUUCCUUGUUGUCCAAUUGGUCAGAUGGUUUCUCCACAAUCUGUACUUGCCAAUACGGAGGGCAGAGGUGAUGUCAGCCGAGAAAAUAGUACUGUUGAUUUUAGUAAGGUUGACCUGCACUUUAUGAAAAAGAUUCCUCCAGGGGCUGAAGCUUCGAAUAUUUUAGUUGGCGAACUUGAAUGUUUAAAUUGCCCUGUAGUUGCAUUUGUCCGAUUGUCUCCUGCAGUCCUUCUUUCAGGACUGGCUGAAGUUCCCAUUCCAACAAGGUUCUUGUUUAUUCUACUGGGGCCACUUGGAAAAGGUCAGCAAUACCAUGAGAUUGGCAGGUCGAUUGCAACUCUAAUGACUGAUGAGGUUUUCCAUGAUGUUGCAUACAAAGCCAAAGAUCGCAAUGACUUGGGUGCUGGAAUAGAUGAAUUUCUUGAUCAAGUGACUGUGCUCCCACCAGGGGAGUGGGACCCAACAAUCAGAAUAGAGCCACCAAAAAAUGUACCCUCUCAGGAGAAACGUAAGAUUCCUGCAGUUCCAAAUGGCACAGCUGCACUGGGUGAAGAACCAGAGGUCGGAGGUCAUGGAGGGCCAGAGCUGGAGCGAACUGGAAUGAUAUUUGGCGGGCUCUAUUUCGAUAUCAAAAGAAAAGUGCCACAUUACUUGUCUGACUACACUGAUGCCUUCAGUCUUCAGUGCUUGGCUUCAUUCCUCUUUCUGUACUGUGCUUGUAUGUCACCUGUAAUCACGUUCGGCGGGCUACUGGGAGAAGCAACUGAAGGUCGCAUAAGUGCUAUUGAAUCAUUAUUUGGAGCCUCCAUGACUGGAAUAGCCUACUCUUUGUUUGCCGGGCAGCCCCUCACAAUAUUAGGCAGUACUGGGCCGGUCUUAGUGUUUGAAAAGAUAUUGUUCAAAUUCUGCAAAGAAUAUGACUUGUCCUACCUCUCACUGAGAUCAUGCAUAGGACUCUGGACCGCAUUUCUUUGCAUUGUCCUCGUUGCCACAGAUGCAAGUUCUCUGGUGUGUUACAUAACCCGUUUCACUGAAGAAGCUUUUGCUUCCCUUAUCUGUAUUAUAUUCAUUUAUGAGGCCCUAGAGAAGUUGAUUCACCUUGGUGAAACGUAUCCAUUCAACAUGAACAACAAAUUGGAGACGCUUACACAAUAUUCAUGCGUAUGUACUGAGCCAACAAACCCAAGUAAUAAUACUCUGGAGUACUGGGACUCGCAAAACAUCACUGUGUCAGAUGUAACUUGGGGGUCUCUAGAUGUGCAUGCAUGCAUAGAGAAACAUGGAGAGUUUCUCGGAAAUGCUUGUGGGCCCCAUGGUCCUUACGUCCCAGACGUUCUCUUCUGGUGUGUUGUCCUCUUUUUCUCGACAGUCAUAAUGUCUGCCUUUCUAAAGGAUUUCAAGACCAGCCGCUAUUUCCCCACUAAGGUGCGGUCAAUUAUCAGUGACUUUGCUGUAUUUAUCACCAUCUUGACUAUGGUUUUAGUUGACUAUGGCCUUGGGAUACCAUCACCGAAACUUCAGGUUCCCAACGAAUUCAAGCCUACCAGAGAUGACCGAGGCUGGCUUAUUAACCCACUGGGUCGUAAUCCAUGGUGGACUGCACUGGUGUCUGUGAUUCCCGCUUUGCUGUGCACUAUUUUAAUCUUUAUGGACCAGCAGAUUACAGCAGUCAUCAUAAACAGAAAGGAACACAAACUAAAGAAAGGCUGUGGGUACCACCUCGAUUUGCUGAUAGUGGGAAUCAUGCUGGGAGUGUGCUCCAUUAUGGGAUUGCCUUGGUUUGUGGCUGCCACUGUUCUCUCCAUAUCCCAUGUGAACAGCCUCAAAUUGGAAUCCGAAUGUUCAGCCCCAGGGGAGCAACCCAAAUUCCUGGGAAUUCGGGAACAGAGGUUCACUGGGUUGAUGAUCUUUGUGCUUAUGGGCUCAUCUGUGUUCAUGACCUCAGUGCUGAAGUUUAUUCCAAUGCCUGUGCUGUAUGGAGUGUUCCUUUACAUGGGAGCAUCAUCAUUAAGAGGCAUUCAGUUCUUUGAUCGUUUAAAACUCUUUGGGAUGCCAGCCAAGCACCAGCCGGAUUUCAUCUACCUGCGGCAUGUUCCUUUGAGGAAAGUCCAUCUCUUCACUAUAAUCCAGCUCAGUUGUCUGGUCCUGCUUUGGGUGAUAAAGACAUCAAGGGCUGCAAUCGUCUUUCCAAUGAUGGUGUUAGCACUGGUGUUUAUUCGAAAACUGAUGGACUGUUUUUUCACAAAGCGAGAACUGAGCUGGCUGGAUGACUUAAUGCCAGAGAGUAAGAAAAAGAAAUUAGAUGAUGCAGAACGAGAGGAAGAACAAAGUAUGCUGGCAAUGGAAGACGAGGGAAUAAUCCACUUGCCAUUGGAAGGAAAUUACAAGGAAGAUCCUGCAAUGGUUAACAUUUCCGAUGAAAUGGACAAAACGUCUGUGUGGAAGACUCUCACCAUGAACACAGAAAACACAAAAAACAAAGACGUGUCCUCUAAAAGCUCCCUUUCCUAACCUCUAUAGAAGCUGAUUUCCCAAAGCUUUAACUCUGGUAGUGGAGGACAACUGGAGAAGAAAGCGGACUCAGGGAAAGGCAUUGACAGGGAGACAUGUCUAUAACCUAUUCCUCAGUUACAUUGCUUUUUUCACAUGAAAGACAACAGUGUGCCAGUUGUAUAUGGGGUAGACCUCAUUACAGUAUGUAUAUUUUGUCAUGUAAGUCUAUAGGUAAAUUGUGUAAAGUUAUAUUUGAAUAUAUCUAAAACUGUACCUGUAUGUUUGUUUUAGAAAACAUACAGUCACCGCUAAAAUACAUGUAGUUUUGUUUGUGUCUGUUAAUGUAAAAUUAUACCAGCAAUUUUAAAGAACAUAUCUGCUGAUGAAAGAAAAUGUUUUCUGAUAAUCAUUUGGAAUUGUUAAUUCUACUACAGAGUUAACUGUUGCUUAUAAACAGUGUAAUUUGAUUUAUUUUACUUUUAAACAAAGUUGUAUGUAUUUUGUAUGUUUUAUAUAUACAUUUUCCAAAAGACCAUGCAAUACCGACCAUUCUCAUAUAUUGUGAAUCAAGUGCGAUUUUCAAUUAUUUUAGAUGACAUAUUUUAUAAUUUAACAAGAAAAUAGUCAGAGAGUACACUAAAUUAAAGUUGCAAUCCCAUAAAUGAAAUGUACUAUCAAAUAUCUAACAGUGUUGCCCACUUGUGAUAUUAGUCUUCCCAAUAUACUGCACACAGUUAUGACAAUUACGGUUAAGUAUUGUCUGUUAAACAUGUUUUAAAGCAAAAGGUGCACAGAACAUCUAUUCCGAUUUACUAAUAUGUGAGACUCAAUUAAAAUAAAAAAUACUACACACCAUCUCACAUGCUUGACUGCAAUGUCUUUCUUGUUCCAACUUUAGUAGUUUAGCUUAGCUUCAUGUGUGGCUAGAGAUAUGUUUAACAGCUUACAUCACUGAACACACCACACUUCAUAGUAUCAUAAAUAGUAUAUUGCUCUGCGGUUGUACAUUUUCAGCAAUAGUAUUUCGAUAUUAAUUAGUCUUUUUUUUUUAAUGCCUGUGCAGCACACAACAAUGAGUAAUUCAAUUAAGUUCAUAGUUGCAAAAAAAAAACAAAGUGUGUGUUGAAUAAUAUAAUAAUGUAGUACAUGUUUGGGGUAAAUUAUUAUUGAAGAUUAUGAAAUUAAUAUCUUUGGGGUAAAUUAGUGUGUUUUGUGAAUGGUAAUUUGCCUACUAGAAUAGACUGUUAAGUGUCCUUGCAAAUUGUGCUUCUAGUUGUACAGUAUGCUUAUAGUCAGUAUGUUUUCAUAAAUUAAACAGGACACUUAACUGUCAGACACUUCAUUAUUACUAGUCUUCAAUUGUAAUUUUAAAACACUGAACUUCAAGAAAUCUGUUGUUUUUUUUAAAAUAAAAUAUACAGAUAAAUAUUAAUUGUGACCAUGUGAGCGACUAAAGCUUAAAAAAAUAAAAUAAAAUAAAUAUAUAUAUAUAUAUAAUAACUUGGAUAUACUAAUUAAAUGCAAAGGAUUGUUCUGUAUUUUGUUAAAUGUAUUGAGUAAACUAUUUUCCCAGCUAAAAAGUUAUUCUGACCAGCUAACAGGUGUGGCAACUUUAGUGCCAGCCAAAUGUAUGUCACCCACCUGCUCUUACGUUCAGUGUCUCUUCUUGUCAUGUUUUGGAUCACUAAUUCAAACAGUCACAGCGUAAUACUGCACAUUAAACUGUCUUGAAGAAAAAAACAAUGGCAGCAACAAGAAACAAAUGAACAAUUAUUCAGUAUUUUUGUCUAAAAUAAGAUAUUCUUGUUACAAAAACAUGUAAACGCAUAACAAAUAAAGGCUGCUAGCUACAGUAAAGAAUACCACUGUCUUUGUUACAGGAAAAAAAGGGUUAAAUAUAUCUAUGUAUAAAGAUGCAAUAGUAACAUUUUACUUUUAGAACAAAAACAAAAAUUAAUACUUUUUUUCUGAAAGGAAAAACAACCAUUGUAAAAUAAUUAAUAAACAUAAGAUUAAUUACAAAUGUCAGAGUUGUUUAUUUCUUUAAAACCUUAUUGCAUUUUCAUUUCUGAAAAAAUAAAAGCUUUGAGAAUCUAGCCCAUAGGGUUUAGUGGAACAGACAAAUAAAUAUGCACUAAGGAUGCAGUACAUUUCUAUAUUUUUUUUACACUGAAUGAUAAUGUUUUUUUCUGGGAAUUAGAUUAUGCCUAUAUAUGUUUUUGUUUUUUUUCCUGAACAAAGCUUUUAUAUGUAUUAAAUGUACAUGUUAUCGUAACUACGACUCAAUAUCUUAUAUAGUUCAAAUUAAGCAUUGUAGUAAAAGUGUGAAGUAAUGUGUUGCAUUUUUGUUAAACAAAUUAACAUGAGCGUUAUACUUCUAGUUACUAACUCAUUGUUAGCUUAUGUGCAUUCUAUGUUAAUCAGUUUUAGUUUUUUUAAAAGAAAUAUCACAGUAUGGAAUACAGAAAUAUAGUAUUAUAGUUUACUAUAGUUAAUCUGUUGUUUAACAAUAUUACCACUGCAUAAUGUAAUUUAUUACUAAGGUUUUGUAUAAUGUGUAAAUGUGAACGAAAAUAAAUUCUUUAAACAUUG